UUAUAGGUUCUUUGACCGGGUCGUUGCUUGGGUGCAUCAUAUUGAGCUCUCGAGCGAGCGGCUGAGGAAGAGAUAGCGGAUUUGGUAACUAGGGUUUUGCCGGGAGAAUCCAUUCGGAGAUUGGGCAUGGAAGGAUUGUCGUUUGAAGAUCAAAAAGCUCAGAGAUUCGGGAGCGAUCCUCCCUUUUCCCAGACGAAAGAUGUUCCUCCCGCUGAUAUGCCAUUUUCUUUUAAGCAUAUGAAUGAUGUUCAAUUCUUCAAACUCUCUUUUAGCUCUCUAUCUGCGUCUGAACCUAUCACCGAGCCUCCCCUGUGUGCAUUGCCCGAAAUUGACAAUGACAACCCUGACCCUGAGUUGCUUAAGCGUCUUCUUAAACAAUGCGUAAGAGAUUUGGAUUUUUACACACGCCGGUGGCAAAAAAACUACGAGGAUGCCAUGAAGUCAUAUGAUCAGCAAGAUGGUCAGGAAUUAGCCUUUAAUUGGAUUCAGGCACGCUAUAGUGGACGAAAAGUUCUGGAAAUGCUUGAGCUUGAACACAGGUUGAAGGAUCUGAUGGAGAAAGAAGAUAUGAAGGCAAUUGGUGGUGACUCAAGUGGAGGUGGCAAAAAACACUGGUGAUGCAAGUUUGGUCUGUAAGGCAGGCAUGCAUAAAUAUUCCAAAUGGUGGGAAGUGGGCUAGAUCUCAAACUCUGUAUUGUUCUGUAACUAUGUAAACUCAUGAAUUUCUUGCACUACCUCUCUUUACUUUGUGGCUGACUCGAUGGGGCUUUCCAAACUGUUCUUUUGACACCUUCCAACUGUAACCCAUACCCAUCAUUGCUUUAUCUAGUCCGUUUCAUCUCCAGCCAUUCUCUACAUCGUUCU